ACAAUUACUUAAUUGUUUAUGAUAAGUUAAUAAGUUGAGUUUUCAAUUUUUUGAGAUAAAUCUAUUAAAUUUAAUUUAUAAAGCUUGUCAACUAUUCAGUAAUGCGAUAAUUAUCAAAAGCAUUGGCCUUGUCAACAUUAGAUUUUGAUUAUAGUAAUAGUAGUUGUAGAUAAUCAUCAAGAUUGUCUGCGUUUAUUUGUACAUAUUGGACAUUUUAAUCAGAUAUGGAUUCUGUCGGAAGUAAACCAGAAAACAACAGAAACUUAGAAACCAAUGUUCAUGGUAUCGAAUAUCUUUACACAAUUGAUUUUAAAAGUCUUAGCAAAACUGUUUUUACAGAUCACCUUGCAACAAUUUCUGAUAAUGGAAAGAAUAUCGGAGAACUAAACAUAUCUGUAGAAGAAACAAUUCGCAAUGGAGAGCUUUGUUAUCAUGUUCAUGCUCAAAGUCAUGGAGAAAUUGAGGGGGUUGCUAUGGGAACUUCUAUUAUUGCAUAUAUUGCAAGAGGUGUGGUAACUUUAGAGCAAAGUCAGCAUGAAUAUAUAAAGAUACCAGACAAACCUCUUGAUAAAAAAACUGUUAUUAUAAAAGAAGAUAAUAAUUAUAUCGUACGACAGACUAUAAAUGAAGGUUUGAUUACGCAUGAAAGCUGUCAAACUUAUCCUACAUCUUUAAUGAGGGGUUUUAUUUCUGAAGGUGCUAAUAUUAUUCUUCAAAGGAUAAUGGUUCAACGACAACAAAUUCCAGAAAAUGCAAUGUUUACUGCAUUAGAUUCAAACAUAAAUCUAGCAGUAAUGAAAUAUCUAAAACUUCCUAAUUCUUCAAUAUCGAUUGAUGAUGGAGUCUUUGAUAUUUUUGGCAUUAAGCGUGAAGUUACAUCUCAAAAGUUACCUCUAAUGACUUGGACAACAUAUUUUUUAUCAGAUGGAGAAAUGGUUAGUAGAGAAGCACUUGGCUCAUCUGUUCGUAUGCAACUUCUUAAAUUUCCAAAGGAAAAUGUUGAAAGACGGACUCCUUCUAGAAAAGAUCUUAUGUGGGAAGAAGAUAUGCAGUUGCAAUCCCAUUUUAUAGAAAGAAAGGAGGAACUCGUCAGCAUCCAUCAAGCCUUUAUUAACGGCAAACCCGAAAUACGAGCUUUGUUGAGUGACUUUUGUCAAUUUGUAUUAUUACGUAAACCCGAUGAUGUUUACUCAUUUGCGGCUGAAUAUUUCAGAGGAUUUUCGACAAAAAAUAUUAAAGAUGUCGAAAUGACUUAACUGUUAUAAAAAGUAGAAAAUUUGCGCUGGUUGCAAUUUUUACGAAUUUUUUUUUUAAACGAUUUUGAAAGGUGAUAUAGCUAAUGAUUAUUUUUUUCGAUGAUUUUUUUAAUUUUAGAAAAUACCUCAAAUUUUUUUCAUACUUUGAUUCCGAAGGUUUGUUUGUGUUUUAAGGUUAAGAAAUGAUAUCAUUCAAUCAUUUAUUAUGGUUAUUUGUAGUAUAUGAACAUAUAAAGUUAUUGUUAUUAAAUUGUUUUUGCAUUGUAUAUAAUCUGUUAAUUAUUUGUUGAUAUAUUUUGUUCAAAGAUAUUUGAUAUAUAUAUAAA